UAACCCAAAUUGAUAUCCAGGACUUCGAUAAUACCCGUGACGCUAUGAUGAGUUCCGUAUCCAAGAUGCAGCUUCUCUUCGGCCUUCUGCUGCCCUCGACGCCAGCAUUUGUCGGAGAGAAGAGGCUGCAUGAAGCGUCGAAAGCCGGGUCACCCCCAGUGGAACUUCAAUCCCAGACCGCUGUGGAGGUGGUCAAGCCCUCCGCUCGCUUUGGCUUGUUAUUGGUAGGAUCGUCCCUCGCUCGGUGAAUAUAUGUUCUGGUUGCAUGUACGGAUGACCCGCUGUUGUGAUGCUGUCUGCAGUGACUCUGCUUCUUACCUAGUGCGUCAUUGUUUCAUACUUUCCGCGAUGGCUUGUCCAGAUCGAUGCCGGAAACAUUUAUCCAGCUGCUAAUCGCGCCAAUCUCCUGCCCACCACCACAUGCGUUUAUAGACUGCGAUCAUUCCUCUGAUUUGCGUCCGUUCAUAACCGGAAUGCCUGCUCUUUGACUCUUUACCUGCCUGAGGCUGGUCCCCCUUCAUUCGACUCCGGUAGUCGAGUACCCUGCUGGUCGGACAAGCAUAACGUUGGUAAUGACAGCAGGUGUGUCCGUCAGCU